UAGAAAUGAUAGAUGAAAGCAGAAUUUUUUCCUACGUUGGUGUUUUUCAAUGGUCUGUGAAAAUAAUCGCGUAAAAAGUGGAAAUAUUGCAAGAAUAUAGUGUUUCCUCACAGAAUUGUCCACUCCACCCACUUACCACAUUUUUCCCGACCACAUUUAUAUCCUUUGGUGCAGUAUUCAAGUUGUAAAGCCCGUUUUGGAUACGCAAUAUGGGAAAUUCUGACUCAAAAUUGAACUUCCGCAAAGCCAUAGUACAACUCACACAGAAAAACCAAAAAAUUGAUGACACCGACGAUCAAUUUUGGGACCAAUUUUGGUACGCACAUCAAACUUCUUUAGAAGAUGUUUUCGCCUUGGUCACAUCAGCCGAAAUACGAAAUAUACGUAAUGAAAAUCCUGCCAACUUGGCGACAUUGUGUUACAAGGCCGUGGAAAAGUUGGCCCUGGCCGUGGAUAACAGUUGCCGCACACAUGUGGAACAGCAAUGUGUUUUGAAUUGUGUACGACUAUUAAUACGCAUAUUACCGUACAUAUUUGAAGAUGAAAAAUGGCGUGACUUUUUCUGGAGUAGUCUGCCUACGCGCAGUACACCCACAUCUGCUGAAGCAGCAGAUAUCCUUCGUGAAAAUUCGCCACGACAUACAGGCCCACAGCCAGUACCAUUGGCCCAAUCGUUGAUAAAUGCUUUGUGUGAUUUGCUUUUUUGUCCUGAUUUCACGGUACCUGCAACACGUCGUGCCGGGCCCGACAAGGCUGAAGAGUUGGCCAAUAUAGACAGUUGUGAGUAUAUAUGGGAGGCAGGUGUUGGUUUCGCACAUUCGCCACCAAAAAAUACCUACAUGGAAAAACGACGAGCAGAAAUUUUAAAACUUUUGCUCACUUGCUUUUCGGAAACCAUCUAUAGCUUAACGGAUGAACCUAGCAGAUGGAUUGCAUACUUUACCUCAGCUGAUAAUCGUCAUGCGCUACCACUCUUCACUUCAUUGUUAAAUACAGUGUGUGCUUAUGACCCAGUGGGCUUGGGCGUACCAUAUAACCAUCUGCUAUUCGUAGACACAACCGAACCACUUGUUGAGGCUUGUCUGCAGAUACUCAUAGUAACAUUAGAUCACGAUAUGAUUUUGCACCAGCAACAGCAACUGGAGUUGCAACGUCAAGUGCAAGGCCGUAACAAACCCUCAUCCUCUUCGACAGUUAACUCUUAUGAUGAUGGUUUCGGUGAUAAUUUGUUUAUCAAUUAUCUUUCGCGUGUGCAUCGCGAUGAGGACUUUCAUUUCAUACUGAAAGGCAUAACGCGCCUGCUAAACAAUCCGCUUGCUCAAAAUUACCUACCAAAUUCAACCAAACGUCUUCAUUGCCAUCAAGAGUUGCUUAUACUAUUCUGGAAGGUGUGCGAUUUUAAUAAAAAGUUUCUUUAUUUCGUGCUUAAAAGCUCAGAUGUGUUGGAUAUACUCAUACCAAUACUAUAUCAUUUGAACUACUCGCGCGCAGAUCAAUCACGAGUGGGCCUCAUGCAUAUUGGAGUGUUUAUACUUCUACUAUUAUCCGGUGAACGUAACUUUGGUGUACGUCUCAACAAACCCUACACCGCCACGGUGCCCAUGGAUAUACCAGUUUUUACAGGAACUCACGCUGAUCUAUUAAUUACGGUUUUUCAUAAAAUCAUAGCUACAGGCCAUCAACGCCUGCAACCACUCUUUGACUGUCUACUUACCAUACUUGUGAAUGUGUCACCUUAUUUAAAGACUCUGUCAAUGGUGGCCAGUGUGAAGCUUCUGCAUUUGCUAGAAGCUUUUAGCACUCCAUGGUUUCUGUUGUCAGCGCCAAAUAAUCACCACUUAGUAUUCUUCUUGCUUGAAAUCUUCAAUAAUAUCAUACAAUAUCAGUUCGAUGGCAAUUCCAAUUUGGUUUACACCAUCAUUCGAAAACGACAUGUAUUUCACGCGAUGGCAAAUUUACCCUCGGACAUGGCGGGUAUCGCAAAAUGUUUAAGUGGACGAAAAGUCGGUAAAUUCAAUAUACCACCAGUGCCCCAUUCAAAUGCAAAGCAUCUCUCUGCUAUCAGCGGUCGCCCACUAGAUGCCGAUUUGGAUGACGAGGAUUGUGAGUCUGAAACCGAGUCACAACAUAAGCAAAGCGAGACUCAAGAGGAAAAUGCAAUGCCAGCAAUGCCUGCCGAGCCGGGUACUCUGAAAACUUCAUUACUGGACACACCUGCCAUUAAUCAAAUGACAGAACGCGAAGCAGCACACCCCAGCACUGAAGAUACGCAAACGCCCACCAUUGAUGGCACCUCUGACAUUUCCCAGUUUGAACAUGUAAAUCGUACACCCACUAGUCCAAAUCGCCACGAUAUCUCGCGUCGUAGCAAUACUUCUUUAAACUCAAACGACGGCAACUCCAUACCAAAAGAGAAUCAGUCGCGGCUCUCCGUUGCUACACGUGGCAGCAUACGCAUGGUGCCGAAUACACCGGCUGAUCACUGGACGCCAACGCCCGAAUGGAUCGUAUCGUGGCGUUCGAAGUUACCAUUGCAAACUAUUAUGCGACUAUUGCAGGUACUUGUGCCACAAGUUGAAAAGAUAUGCAUUGAUAAGGGGUUGACAGAUGAAUCGGAAAUAUUGAAAUUUUUACAACAUGGAACACUGGUAGGUUUGCUACCUGUGCCACAUCCUAUACUUAUACGAAAGUAUCAGGCGAAUGCUGGCACCACUGCAUGGUUUCGCACCUACAUUUGGGGUGUAAUCUACUUGCGUAAUGUAGGACCAUCCAUAUGGUACGAUACGGAUGUGAAACUUUUCGAAAUUCAGCGAGUCUGAAUUCGAUGCAAUCGUCUGAGCUUAGACACUAUAAGUGAGGUGGUUCACACUUGCCUGGUUAUAAGGUUAUCUGGUUAUAUUUGUUGUUUAGUUUACAACAAUAAAAUACACUACGGAAUAAUAGUUUUUAACCAGAUAACCUGAGCAGGUUCAAUUAGAAUAACCACUGUAACUUUUUUUAGGGUAUAUAUUUGCAUAACACGCAUUCCAGUAAUGCUGCUGAGUCGAGGGCGACUAAAGUAAUUAAAAUUUAUUACCAUAUUAUGUAUACAAUGCCUGAGAUUUUGACAAUUCAUAACUUUAUUUUAAAGCUUUGUAGUAAGUAAUUUUUGUGUAUUUACGGAUUCUUUAAACGUUUUGCCUUUACGUGUGCAUUUUUAUUAGCUACAGUUUGUAAAUAUGUAAUAUGACAAGGUAUUUUAAGUUAAACGUGUUCUGAUUAGAAAAAGUAAUCAAAAAUCCUUUGAAAGAAGCUAGCGCUAGAUGCGAUUCUAAUUUAUUUAUAUUUUAUUAAGUUACAUUUAUAAGUAAAAGUUAAAUUAACGAUAAAAAAUAUUAUUUUAUGAUGGAAGAAACUUGUUCGAAGUCACCUAUAAUAUAUACAUACAUAACCUAAAAUAUAAUGUAUUCUACAAAACGUAUAGAUAUAUACUAAAUAGUUACAACUAUAUGCAAAUGAGAGUUCUUAAACGAAUAAAAU